GAAAAUUCAGAACCGCCUAUCUGCUGUUUAUGUUGUUUGGAUUACAGCCAUACAAGGAAUAGCGAUACUUUACAUCUCAAAUUACGCAAGUCUUUAAUCUCUGUGGAUGUUGCUGGUACAGCCAACAUAACAAAAUGUCAAAGAAGAAAGGACUGAGUUUGGAGGAGAAGAGAACUCGCAUGAUGGAGAUUUUCUUUGAAUCGAAAGAUGUGUUUCAGCUGAAAGACAUUGAGAAGAUUGCCCCUAAGGCAAAGGGCAUAGCUCCUAUGACUGUGAAGGAAGUGCUGCAGAGCCUGGUAGAUGACAACAUGGUGGACUGUGAAAGAGUGGGUACAUCCAACUACUACUGGGCCUUCCCCAGCAAGGCCUUACACGCUCGAAAGCAUAAACUGGAGGAACUGCAGAAACAGAUUUCUGAGGCGAAACAGCGGAAAGUGUCUGUAGAGAAAUCGGUCGAAAAGGCGAAAGUAGGACGUCAAGAUACAGAGGAGAGAAGCUCCAUGCUGAAGGAGCUGCAGGCUCUGAGAGAGGAGAGAACUCAGCUGCAGGCUGAGUUGGAGAAGUACAGAGAAUGUGACCCAGAAGUCGUUGAGGAGAUGAGAAAGUCAAAUGUUGUAGCAAAAGAAGCUGUUUCCAGGUGGACAGAUAAUGUUUUUGCCAUCAAGUCAUGGACAAAGAAGAAGUUUGCAUUUGAUGACAGUCGCAUUAAUAAAGCCUUUGGGAUCCCUGAUGACUUUGACUACAUGGACUAAUUGCCCGUCGUUCUACCAUAGUUCAUGGACAGAAUGGGAGUUUAAGCUUCAGUUUGAAGCCUCCAUACCUGUUCUCUGCAUUUUUUUGUUUCAUUAGAACGAAACCAAAUGCACCAGGAUUCGUAUCUAAGGCCGGAGGUGGGCUUUGAACAAUGACUGAUAUCAGUGAUUUUUGCUGCAACAGAUGGACUUUAUCAGCAGAUGUGUUGCUUUGGUGCAACCAGAGAAGAGACUGAACUGGCCAUUAGUGGCUGCAAGGGGUGAGGGGGUUCUGUGGUAAACACAACGUAGCAGCCAGACUUUUAGGACACCUGUUUGCAUGAAAACUGAGAACUCCAAGUUGAUGAUGGAAAGAAAUCAACUCUUAACACAUCUGUCUUGUCAGUGGUCUAAUUUAUAUGGUUUAAACAGAUGGUUUGGAACCAAAUGUUUGUGCACUUUUUCCUCUACAUUGUCCCUGUAUUUUUCUGAGGGGGGAAAAUGAAAAACUCAGUGUAAGCAAUAGCUCUUUCUAUUCAUUUAUAAAAAAAAAUUGGGACUGUCAGGAGAAUUAAAUUACAAUGGAUAUGUUUGUUUACACAUGCUGUAAAUAUUUAAAGUACAUUUACUUUUUUGCAGAACCUCUUUUUCUUGUGUUGCAAAUAAAAUGUCCCUCUGAGUUCAGUAAGCCAUUUUCUGCAGUUGCAUUCAUUCCAAAACUUAGUGUGCAGUGUGCAAAUGCAUUUACAC